UGCCAAAGAAGCCUCAAACGCCUUGCGAUCAUCAGCCAUCCAAAUCCCACCCCGCUGCAUCCCCGCAGUUGAAUCUCGUUCCCCCAACUCUUUUCGAAUGAACUGCUCCCCAUUCGCCCUGGCUCUUGGUACCUAUCCGUUCGAUUCGAAUCCCCUAUUCUCUUUCCCCUUCCGCGUCCAAGUUCUUUUCUCCCUCUUUUCCCCCUUUUAAAUCGCCGCUUCUCUCCUCUUUGAUUCGGGAAUUAUUGGAGCCAAUGCCGAGGAGGUCGCCUCAGUGAUCUGUUCACUGUUUUAUGUCGUUCAUUUGAAUUGCAUGAGGUGGAGUUUUCCAUGGGAACAGUCGUUGACAUACAGGUUGAUGGGGAGAAGGAGUCUGAAGAGAGUGAUUUUGGAAAGGCUGGGGUGGAGUUUUCCAUGAGAACAGCCGUUGAUGGGGAAAAGGGCACUGAAGAGAGUGAUUUUCGAAAGAUCGUUGCUUCCGACCCGGUGGUUUACCAACUUGUCAGGGUUGAAGGAGAUGGAAGGUUAGUUCCUGCUACAGACGACGAGGUUAUGGAAGUCGAGCAUCUGCUUGAGGAAGACAAGAGUGGACUAGCUUCAGAUGGAGAUAAAAAGCAUUUUGAUGGACGUGUUUCUAAUGAAGGGUUGCCCUCUAAAAAGUCUGACUUUGAAGGACUUUCACAAUCAGAAAAUACUGAAGUUGAUUCACAGGAGUUGAAUGCUAGGCUUGAGUAUAUAGAGGUGAUGUUGCCGAAGGUUAAACAGGAAGAGAGGUUACGGAUGUCACCUGAGUCUGCAAAUCAUUCUACCAAGUGUAUGGAUGUGAAUCAUCAGACUUUUGAUGGUCGUGACGAGACACAAGCCUGCAAGGACAAGCUCCAACCCGAGAAUACUUCAAUGGAAACUGCUCCUUCUUCUAUGGCUUUAAAUGACAGACAGGGUGUUCAAUUAGAAAGUGCAGAAACAUGCUCAGGACCUACAAAUCAGGCAGUCACUAGUAGUUCAACAGUUUCUGGAACAUGCACUAGUUCAAUGCCUGAUUUUUCUAUUCUAAAAGGGGAUAUCUGUUUGGAUAAUCUGUCAAUAAGAGAGCUUCAGGAAGCUUUCAGAGCUACCUUUGGCCGUCAGACUUCUGUCAAAGACAAAUUGUGGCUUAAGCGACGGAUUACAAUGGGAUUAACUAACUCAUGUGAUGUUCCGACUUCAAAUUUUGUGAUGAAGGAUAAUAAAAUAGUUCUCAAGGAAGUGAAAGAAGAACCCAUCCAAGUUGCAAAAGCGUACAUCGAAGAACUUUCAGAAUUUGAGACGAGGGAGUGCUCUGCUAGAUUGUUGUCUUCAGUUAAAAAUUCUGGACACGACCAGUCCUCUCCAAAAUCUCGGAUCAGGCCAGUUCGUGAUAUUGGUUCCCGGGGCCCAAGCUUUUCCACUAGGCAGGAUUCUCUAGGAGGAUUUGGAAUUCAGGUACCAUAUGUCUCCAGAGUGAGAAGAGGGCGCCCAAGGAAGAACUUUGUGACUCUCAUGAAUUACCAUCCUGGUGGCAUAGGACCCAACCUGGUUAAAACAGCUCCUGGGAUUCCUGCCUUGCAACAAAAUAGUGAAGGUGGAAGCAGAGUAAGGAAAGCCAGAACUCCACCUAUGCUUAUUCCACAGCCGAACUUUGUUGAUGAGGGAGAAAAAAGGGAUGCAGAAACAAUUUAUGGUGAUGAUGAGCAUGAUCUGGGGCUUGAAGAGUUUGAUGCAUCUGGAGAUAAUACAGAUGGCAAUGCCAAUACUGAGCCAGCGUCAAAAUGUGGUGUCCGAAGGAAGCAUCAUCGUGCUUGGACCCUCGGUGAGGUUUUGAAGUUAGUUGAAGGUGUAGCUAGAUAUGGAGCUGGUAGGUGGUCUGAAAUCAGAAGGCUGGCCUUUGCCUCUUACUCUUAUCGCACCUCUGUUGAUCUUAAGGAUAAGUGGCGAAACCUGCUUAGAGCAAGCUUGGCACAAGAUCCUACAGAUGAAGGGGUCGGACCACUAGCAACUUUGGCCAAGAAUUCCCGAAAGCAUGCUUCCGUCCCAAUACCAACACCCAUCCUAUCACGAGUAAGGGAACUGGCGGAGAUGAACUCACAGACCUGUACUGAGCUCGGUCCAAGCAAGAUUACCGGCCAUGGUGGGAGAAAUGUACAGGAAAAAGGAUCUGGAUUUUUGUGACCAGCCAUGUAACUAGAACAGAAACUAAUAAGGAGAAAUGCCAUGUAGCUACGUAUGUACGAUAGUUUGAUGCAUACAAUCAUCACCAUUCUCUCUUCAUGUAAUUUUGAGCAUUUUCUGUUCCACUUCUUGCAGUGCUCCAAAAGGUGCUGACUUGUUUAAUAUGUAGCCAAGGAAGAAAAAAAAUUGGAAGUAUACCCUCACCCUUCCCUGCUUUA